AUUGUUUUUCUCUCUGCGAUAUAGCUGGUCAGGCGUACACCCUUCCAGGACAAGUUCAAGAACCCAAGAGGGGACACAUCCUACUUGGCCCAGGGCGUCGGGGUUGUCUCUAAGCGCCGGGACGCACUGCUGGCGCAAGGUCAGCCACUGGGGCUGGCGGGCAGGCCUGGAGCCCGAGUACACCUGCAUCUUGGCAUUCACUCUGCGUCCCGAGGAACCAGCUUCCUCCUGGAACGUCGGUGCAGAGAGUGCCAUUUCUGUGGCUGGGCGGUCUUGGACUCAAAGGCGGAGAGCAGAUCGUAGUUGGCCUGCAUCCAGGGCUCUGCGAGGUCCCACAGCUCUGAGAAGCCGAGGCUGAGCACGGUUUUCCGCCCGGAGGAAUCAGCACGGGCCGCCUGUAGCCCCUCGGAGUGGCUUUCCUUGACAGGAGGCAAUUCCUGAGGCGAAGCCCAGGACUCACGAGUGUCCUUGGAAUGGUUUGCUCUGCGUUGUUGAUCUCCACGUGCGGUGCUGGAAGAUUUCACAGUCCUUCUCUCUUUCUUUUGCAACUGGUCGUAGGUGAGGUAUUGUUCAAAUGACAGAGCGGGCCGCUCAGAUUCCUCAGCCCCCUCUCCCUCGUCCACCUCGGAGAGGGAGCCCACGGAUAUUGCGUCCAAAUGAGCAGUCGGUGGCUUCCCCUCUUGAGUCUCUGGGUCGCUGGAAAGCUGCUGUUUGACCCCGGGGGACAGGCCGUGUGUCCCCUGUCGUGGGUCCGGGUCGUCCAGACCUGCCUCUCCUUGUGUGAGUGUCUGUGCCUAGGCCUAUCCAGGUGGCCGUCUGGAGCCACGGCCCAGGCGGGGAGACGUUGGCCACUGUCGCCGGGGAUCCCUCCUUCCUUAUGUGUCCCGGCGCUAGCAGAGUGGUCUGUCCCUGGCCCUUUCCCGGGAGGGUGGCCUUGGGGUUUCCCCUCUGGCGCAGGCUUGGGAGGAUGUCUCCCUGAUGGAAGCGGGAGACUGCUGAUGGCCCUGGGCACCCACGGGGCGUUCUCCUUGGCGGGAGGAUUUAUGCCCCCUUGCUGUGGCCCCUAACUGUUUCGAUCUGGGGUUGGACCUGGCAGCCUCUAGGGAGCAGAGGCCUGCCCUGAGCAGUGUCAGCCUGGCCUCUUCCGGCUUGCUGCCCGGGCUCCGGGCCCUGGGUCAUCGGGAGAGGUCCGGUGCGCCCUGAGGGAAGGGCCGGUUUGGGGCGGAAAUCAGCUGGGGCAAUUCUGGGGCGAUUUCUCUUGGCUCGGUCUGGGCUACUGAGGGAGCUUCCCUGAGAUCUCCGGAGCCCCGUAGGUGUUGUGUGUGCUGUAUGUCUGUGCCCCAGGCUGUGAGGUCGUCGCCUGGGGGCCAUCCCGUUUUCGGGGAAGCCCCAGGCCUUUUCUUGGUCCUGAAGACCCUCCCCGAAGCGCUUUCGGGAAGAGCUCUCCUCACGGUCCUGUGGGUCCGGCCUGGGCCUGGUGUUUGGGUCCACAGGAAGCAGCUUCUUUACCGGGCUGCUAAGUCUCUGGCAAAGUCCCACGUGCUGGUGCUUCCGCAGGCUCUUUACCGUCUUUCGGAUUCCUGUCUCCGCCAGGAUGUCUGCAGUCAUGGGCAAGGCGGAGAGUUUCUGCAGGUAUUUUCCUACUUUCUUCGGGUCCGUCUUAGUGGCCAGACGCACCUGCAGCUUCUCCACUGCGUGCAGCGUAGUCGAGCCUACCUCCAUCUCACUAGAUCUCUGCAGGUGUCGAUGUCUCGGCUGCCAUGGCUCUGUCCUCGACACAGGGGGAUGCAGUGUCUCGGUCGCCGGUCCUCCCUCGCUGCCCGGAUUGACCUCCCAGGUGCCCUUGCCUACAGGGAUUCAAGCGCAUUUGCAAGAGAGCGUUCUGAUAGAGCCAGCCCCAGGCCUGCGCAUGUCUGAAGCCCCGACUUCCUUAGUUCCUGGGCUGCCGUGCCCCCAUUGGAAUUCAUUCUUCAGCACAAUGCAGCCAUUCUGGAGGCCACUGUUCAGGUGGACUGCUGUGCCCCAGAUGUUGGUUAGGUUAGUUUCACUCUCAGCUAUCCCCAACGAGUUCGACCAUUGUGCCUCCAUGUUCGCAGGUUGCACAUCUGUGGAUUUCAAAAAACAGAAACUGAAUCUUCUUGGGAGUAAAACAGAAAAACACAAGAAAGCAGAGAAAAUUAUAGAAAGAAGAACCAGUAAAGGAUAACAACUAUUUACAUAGGAUUGAUGUUGUGGGAGGGUACUUUCAAGGCGUUGUAGAAAAUGGGAUUAAAUGUUUAAAAUAAGAACGGUAGAUUAUACUUCUCAACCUCUGCUCCAUCAAGGUCCAGAUGCUUCUGGAAGCAAUAUUUUUUUCCUGCCCUCUAGUCCAUCGUUAAAGCCCUGAGGGUCCUGCAAAUGUAUCUAUUUCCAUGAAAUGUCUUUUUUAAUAUUAAGUGAAGUGAACUUUGUUCCAUUUACACAUUUUUUAAGAUUGGGAAAGAAAAUGAAGUCACCAGGUGCCACAUUGUGAGUUUACAGUGGAUGCCUUCGGAUUUUCUAUGGAAACUCUCGCCAGACUGCCCUUUUUUGAUGAAAUGCAUGAGGACGCACUUUGUCAUGUGCGAGAUGAGGACGGAAGCACGACGAAAAAAUCUUCUAAUUUUGAUUUCGCAUUAUUUAACACAAGAAGGAUAUAUUGAUACAGCAGAUGCUUUGGAGCAAGAAACUAAACUGGGGUUACGACGCUUUGAAGUUUGUGACAACGUUGAUCUUGAAACUAUUUUGAUGGAAUAUGAGAGUUAUUAUUUUGUAAAAUUUCAAAAAUACCCCAAAAUUGUCAAAAAGGCAUCAGACACAGCAGAAAAUAAUUUACCACAAAGAAGUGGAGGGAAGACCAGAAGGGCGAUGAACGACAGUUGUCAAAAUCUUCACAAGAUUAAUCAGCAGAGGCCCCGGUCUAAAACCACUGUGGGGAAAACAGGGGACACCAAGUCUCUCAAUAAGGAGCAUCCUAAUCAGGAGGCAGUUAGUAACACUCACCUGGAGAGUGCCGAUUUCGGCCUAACUAUAUCAAGAAUCAGUAAAGACAGUGGAGAGGAAAAUGCCCACCCACGAAGAGGCCAAAUCAUUGACUUCCAAGGGCUGCUCACAGAUGCCAUCAGGGGAGCGACCAGUGAACUUGCCUUGAACACCUUCGACCAUAACCCAGACCCCUCAGAACGACUACUGAAACCUCUGAGUGCAUUUAUUGGCAUGAACAGUGAGAUGCGAGAAUUGGCAGCAGUAGUGAGCCGGGACAUUUAUCUCCAUAAUCCAAACAUAAAGUGGAAUGACAUUAUUGGACUUGAUGCAGCCAAGCAGUUAGUCAAAGAAGCUGUUGUGUAUCCUAUACGGUAUCCCCAGUUGUUUACAGGAAUUCUUUCCCCCUGGAAAGGACUACUGCUGUAUGGCCCUCCAGGUACAGGAAAGACUUUACUGGCCAAAGCUGUGGCCACUGAAUGUAAAACAACCUUCUUUAACAUUUCUGCUUCCACCAUUGUCAGCAAAUGGAGAGGGGAUUCAGAAAAACUUGUUCGGGUGUUAUUUGAACUUGCCCGCUACCACGCCCCAUCCACGAUCUUCCUGGAUGAGCUGGAGUCAGUGAUGAGUCAGAGAGGCACGGCUCCUGGGGGAGAACAUGAAGGAAGCUUGCGGAUGAAGACAGAGUUACUGGUGCAAAUGGAUGGGCUGGCGCGCUCAGAAGAUCUCGUGUUUGUCUUAGCAGCUUCUAACCUGCCAUGGGAGCUGGACUGUGCCAUGUUACGCCGCCUGGAGAAGAGGAUUCUGGUCGAUCUCCCCAGCCAGGAAGCCAGGCAGGCCAUGAUCCACCACUGGCUGCCCCCUGUGAGCAAGAGCAGGGCCUUAGAACUGCGCACAGAGCUGGAGUACAGUUUGCUGAGCCAGGAGACUGAGGGCUACUCAGGUUCAGACAUUAAGCUCGUCUGCAGGGAAGCAGCCAUGCGGCCUGUGAGGAAGAUCUUCGAUGCACUUGAAAAUCACCAGUCAGAAAGCAGCAACUUACCAGGGAUUCAGUUGGAUACAGUAACCACCGCCGACUUUCUGGAUGUGCUAACACACACCAAGCCCUCCGCAAAGAAUCUGGCUCAGAGAUACUCAGCCUGGCAAAGAGAGUUCGAGUCUGUUUGAAAUCACAUUUACCCUAACCCGGCCACAAAGGCAACCACAAAGGCUUCCUAGUUUAUUAGUGUCCAUGGGAGAAGAACAAAAGGAUUGGAAUGAAAAAGAGAAAAUUAUUUUUAAAGACUGGAUUAAUUUGGGCCACCGUAUUCUUUUGAAUAGCUGAGAUAUAUUUAUUAAUUUACCAUUACUGAUGUCAGCAAAAUAUUGAGGGUUUCAAUUACACACACACACACACACACACACACACACACACACACACACAGUAUUAGGUUAUACAAUGGAGAUUUUUGACAACUAGACUCCAUUAAAGUUUAAUGAACAAUUUUCUGUAAUGUUACUCAUUUGUAAAUUUUUGAAGAAAAAGAUGUACUUAGAAAAGUUGUGUUGACCACACACAGGAUGAUCCUGAGUUGGGACAGCCAAGAAGCGACAGGCACUGCCCAGCUGACAGUCCCAGGGUAGAGGACAGGAGCAGAGAAGGCAAUGUGGUCUGUUUCUCAUUCUGGACAAUAUUCUGAAUCUCAUCAACUCUCCCUAAUUCUGACCCCAUUCAGCUUUGUCAGCAGCAAACCCCUCCCAAAGUAGGCCCCACUCAGAAAUGUCACUGAGCAUUUGGAUCCUAGAACUAAUAGCCGGGGUGACUACCACACCAUCACCACCAGCUGCCAGUUUGACUGUUUUGGGUUCCGGCCCCCAAAUAACUUCUUUUCACUCUUCCCAUCUCACAUUCGGUGUGCUCUGCCCUUCUUUUUCCAUUGCCACAGCUUCUCAUCAGAUCCAAAGCUUAGGAUGGAGCACCUGAGCUUCUAGAACACUUGUUCCAAGUCUUCCCUGCUCUUAGGCUCUUCCUCACUCCUUAAGGGGUUAUAAACAGCUAGAAGCAUCUCUCAGAAAUGCACAAUCUGAGGCAUCUACUUUCACUCCUUGAUAAAUUUUGACGGCUUCCAGUAAGUAAUGCCACUUCUUUCCCCCACUAGAACUUACCUAUGGGAAAUUACCUUUUUUCUUUCUUGCCUUGUUUUCAUCAUCCCUGCUGACAGACUCUUCAAGAGAGAAAAACCUUCCAGAAAAAGUGACACUUUGGAUAACUAAGUAUCCCAAAGGAUUUUAUGCUUUUAAACAAAACCACUGCAUUUUGGGGGGGUAUCGAUUAUUUUGAGAUUAUCCUCAAAUGCCUCAUUAAACAUAAUUUCAUGGAAAAUGUCAAAUUGAAAAUACAUCUUAUUUAACAAAUUGGAAAUAAAAGAUUUCAUCUCA